AGAAACAUCCUUGGGAGCCGAGCAAACCAAGCAAAAGAAAGCCAUCAGAGCACAAAUAGUUACAAAGAGAGGGUGGGCAUGGAGAGUGGCAGGAGGGCUACCGGUGUCGUGGCAUUGGUGGCCAUGAUGGUGGUUCUGCAGCUCAUGGCAGCUCCGACGGCCAUGGCCCGCUCGCUGCAGGAUACCACCCCCGUCCUGAGCUUAAACAGGAUUGCAAGGGAAUUGUCUUCGCAGGGUGAUAUCCAAUGUGGGCAAACUUGUUUUUGGAUACCGUGUUUGGAUCUCGGGUGCAGCUGUAAGGACAAUAUUUGCUACAGGUUAAGUUUAGAAGGAGAGAGGGACGAAUGUGGGGAAGGAAUCAAGAAGGAACUCGGCAUCAGUCGAAACAUCUUAGUUCGUGUAACCAAACCAAGGUGGCAGGCAAAUCAAAACGAGAAGUCUUCAAGCAAUCAACUCGUGACCUUCCUACAGCUCGAAGUUUCGGUUUCGUGUUGGGACAAAAGUCAAGAAAAGAUGAAGGUCUGAUCAACUAGCUAGCAUCCAUGCUGGCUCAAGGUUGUCAUAUCCUUUCCAUGGUUAAUGGGCAAUGAUUAGUUGAUUAUUGUACUUAACUAAAUAAUGCCAUCUUGGACAUUGCUUGGAUAUACAAAACGGCAAGCACAACUAAUUAAACUUGUCUGCAUUGUCACGCGAUUUAAUGUAAUGUGAGAGGAUCUGUUAAAUCUCUAGAAAGAAAA